AUGACAUUAGAUAUUUCUAAGUUCAAUCCAAGACAAAUUCCACAUACCGAAGAAAGACAAACAUUGUUAGAAGCAAACAAGAGUGUAUAUGAACUGUUUAUAGAUGAGACUAACUUUGAGUGUUUAGAUGAAAGGUCAUUGUACGAUGAAUAUAAACAAUAUUGUCAAGAAUAUGGUUAUAUGGCAGCUUCUAAACGAACAUUCUUGGCAAAUGUCAAAAGUCUUUUAGAUGUUCAGAACGGCGUAUAUACAAAGAAAAAUUUUUCUGAGUAA